GCCUUAUUACUUAUCUGCACUCAUGAAGAAGCAAGGUCUAUGCGUUCUAUUUCGUCGGCAACAAACUGUGACAUCGCAGGAAAAAUGGCAGUCCGUUUAUAUUUUCUGAUAUAUUUUCUGCAAUUUCUAACACAUGUACACACGAAUCUUGAAGAAGGCUUUCGCCGACUUGGAGAUCGUUUAGCAGAACUUGAGGAAAGAGGGAACGAACAACAGAAUGAGAUUCGGGAGUUGAAUACCAAAUUGGAUCGACAGGCGAGAGCGUUUAAUGGGAAAUUAAAGGGAAUGGCUGUCCGAUUUCAGAAGGAAAAAGAAGAACUUAUUUCGCAGGUGGUUAAACUCAAUGCAAAUGUGAACGAAAUAAAUGAUUAUCGAGAGACUCUUCUUCGCAAGGGAAGGGCAUCCUCGGUGCGACCCGAAGUAGCGUUCUUCGCCUCUGUCAGCAAAGAUGUCCAACUUGGUCCCGGACAGGUGGUUGUUUUCAACAGCGUCAUUACCAACAUUGACUCCACCAGUCACGUGUUACCGUAUGAUGGCAACACUGGGGUGUUCACUGCCCCUUUGGAUGGCCUCUAUGUGUUCUCUGCAACUGUCUUAUCUGAGAAGCACGCUUCGGGGCAUUUUUUCAUCUGCAAGGAUAACUCGAUACUGAGCACGAUGUACGUGCACGGUUCGGAAGGAAGCACCUGGGACUCCGCCUCGAACACCGUCGUCGUGUCCCUGCUGAGGGGCCAGACGGUCAGCGUCCGAGACUGGGACGCCCACGCGCUAGAUGGCGCUUUACUUGCUGGACAGUCCAUUUUCUCGGGCUUUCUGCUGCAGGACCACUCUCUUGGCAAUAUAAACAUUGCUGUCAUUGGCUGAAUAUAUUGUAUUCUUCAGGAAUACAUUUAAUAUAAAAAUAUUUGAAAUUGUGUACAUUUAAUAUAAAAAUAAUUGCUUACGACAGACCAUAUUUUCUUAACAAUUGAAAGAAGCGAAAUUCGAUAUGUAAAGUUCAGGAUCAGUUAACCUACAUAUUUAAGUGCACUAGUAAAAACCAUCACACCCUUAAUAAUUCCUUUUUGAUUUCGUUGACUAUCUUAGAACCUAGAUGCCAGAUAACAACACGUUUAUCGAAAUAGGGAAAAUACGAUAGACAUAUCAGUCAUUUAACUCAUAAUAUCGAAAUCCCUCAAGGACAGGAACUAAAACUAAAACGCACCGUUACGCACGCACUUAUUCUAAGCAAUGUAUCUAAAUCAUUUUGCGAUAUGUUGAUUUUCAAUUUGCAAUACUUACAAGAAGGCCCCUCUUACCUCUUAUGUUUAUCGCUUCAUAUGAAUAUUUUGCAUAAGGCCUGGCACGAGAUCCAGAAUUUUAUUUUUGUCUCAUUCGUUACAUGUUGAAAAUGGACUCAUGCUUCUUAUUGCAUUAAUAUUGAGUGUUCGUAUUGAACGAGGCCAGAGUGUGAAUCAUUUGGUUUAUUCAUUAAGGAUACAAUUUGUAUUGUAUCGUAUGAUAUUUUCCUCAAUAUAUUGUCCAAUACCGAACGUGGCGGUAAAAGCCAACAUCAACUAUCAAAUAAGCACCAACACGUGGGACGCGUUUCAAUGUUUUACUUGAUAUUUAUUGUGAAGAUAUAUUGUUAGAAGACAAUAUAUGGCAUGUUCGAACAACGAUUUAUAGAUCUUUCAAAGAACAAUUCACGGUACGAUAUAUAAUAUAUGCAAAAGUUUAUUUGCUCAUUCCUUUGUGGAGUUUGCUUGCGUAUUAUCUUGAGAAUACUAUUUUAUUUAUCUAGGCAGAAAUUUGAGAACUCGAUUAUUUACAUAUUUCCUGCAUGAUAAUUUGCACACAUAAACUGGAUUUGGUAGACUUGCUUAAAUUUUAUAGGAAAAAGACACAUCAGAAAUGUGACAACGCCAUGAAACAAGGGUUUCAACAUUUAACCAAUUAAUUUAAGAUUUACUGUGUAUCAUGCCGUGAAAUAAUCGAGCGGAAACAGUUCUCCUAUUCAGUAACUUUUACAAUGUACUUUAAUAGCGAGCUCGAAGAGCACGCCGCAUGCGUGCUUGAGGCGAGCAAUACGGUAAUACGAGUAUUUGGCUGUGCAGGUUAUUGUUUUGAAAAAUUCGGUACCUGCGCGUGCAAUAUUCGCCAUAAUCCGGAACCGGAAAUUUUCGAAGUAAAUAACCGGCGGCUCCUGAUUGAUCAUAUUGAUAAAAUAGAUAAAAAUGAUCAAAUUUAUGGCUUUUAAAUAUUCUAAAAUUAUUUUCUGUAUUUAUUGUGACUUUAUUUCAAAUAACGCAUAAGCAUUCUUCGUGUAAAACAGUUGUCUUCAUUCCGGGACUUCCCCGUUCGAUGACGUCAUCAUCAAAUUUAGCACCGGAAUUCCCUUGUUUUUAACAAAAAACAUUGUUUUCGUUUUUGUAAUCAUCAUUUCACGUUGUUUUUUUCCUAUUUGAUAAAAAUAAAUAGUAUGCCAAUUUAUUGUAUUAUCUCAAGAAAAAAAGUAAAUGAACUGGUGGGAGGAGUCUAUCGAGGCUAUGUAUGCCAGGAUGUUACGUCAUUCUGUCGUCUGUCUUUCACUAGCAAAAUUGUUGUGCCAUUCUCAAUUCUUUCUUUUUAAAGAAAUUAGAUCAAUUUUAUUUGAUAACAACAUUUUGAAUUGAAAUUGAAGCUUAAACUGUCUUUCUAAACUGAUACAACAUGCGUUUUAUUCAAUAAACACGUCCGAUCGUUGAAUUUUUUAAAUACUUUGACAUUCACCAAAAAGACAACAUUUCAUUUGACACUCAUGAAUAGACAAUGUUCUCUAUUUGGUACAAGAUGUACCACUAGAUGGCAACUGUUUCUUUUACUGUUUUUGUCAUGCAUUUCAUUUAAAUCUAAAGGUGGUAAAUCACAUUUGAGUAUCAUUCCAACAUGACCAAACUUUGUUAUCUCAUCAAAAAUUAAACAUCAUUGGUUAUAUUCUAGAUAUUUAUUCUCUUCUAUUGAAAACAUUACAAAACUUAAGCUUUAUUUUUAUGCCUCACAAAAUGGCAUGAUACAAACAAAUAUUGCUUCCUUUGACAAUUUCUCAUAGUGAGGGAGAUAGUGCCCUAAUUCAGUAAUUGACAUCUGAGCUUACCUUUUUUGGUAAAGAACAUUCUAAAAUAGUAAUUAGAUAAUUAUUACAAUAGUGCAAUGUUUAUUGAUACUUAAAAAUGUUAUUGAUUCAAGCAAUCAAAAUAUGUCAUCAAAUGUGAUUAACCAUAUGUAAAACAUAAAUUCAAAUAAGAUAAUAAAUAACUUUGAGGUGGGUGACGUGACAGUCUCUACCUUUAGUACGGUGGGUGACGUGACAGUCGCUACCUUUAGUACGGUGGGUGACGUGACAGUCGCUAACCAGAUUGACUUUUAAACAGUAGUUAGGAAUAUACAAAUUAAUUUAAUCGUAGUAUUUUGAAACUUAUACAAAUAUAUACUUACAAGUGUAAAAUUGUCAAAGUGUAAUGUCAAUGGAAUUAAAUAAAAUUUGUUUUGGUGGGUGACAUAAUUGUCGCUGGCCUACCUUGCAUUAAUUCCAAAAUUAUGGUAAUUUGAAAUUACUUUGACUUUAAAUGCUCAAAAAGGAAAAUAAAACAAAUAUGCUGCCUUGUCCUUGUGUAAUCUAAGUACAGUAUGCGACAUGGAGAAAUAAUUGCUGAUGCCAGUGACGAUGAUGUGCACCUGAAAAUUAUAAUUGACAAGGUAGCAACAGUUGGCUAUUCUAAAUUUUAACAUUGUAUGUUCUAGUUGAUUGUUUAGUGUUUUUAGGAGGUAAUGCCAAUGAUAUACAUACUAGUUAAUAUAUAUGUCCUUGGUAUAUACCAAUCUUUGUUUGCUGCACAAUGUGUUUAUAGUUUCGAGCAUUAAAGCAAUUUUCACCUAUAUAUCUUCUCUUCAGGUAUACAUAAUUAUUGAAGUAUAGGUCACUUUAUGGAUUAGAUAAUUACUAAUAAAAAUAUUGAAGUUAUUUAGUUAA